GUUGCGUUUGAGUAUUUUUGUAUUCUUGGUUUACCGUUUAAGACAUUUUUUCUUCAGGUUAUUUUACUUGUCAGUUGUCACUGUUUGUACUUAGUAUAUAUAAAUUCAAAAUCAACUCUUAAGUCCUAACUGUAUUGUAUUACCUAUCCACAUGUUAUGGCUAACUUCGCUGAAAUUUAUUUUAAGUCAUAUUGCUUUAGUUGAUUAAUAUAGUAAAUUGAAACACUUCAAUUUGAUUUUGGAAUCAGUUGUUUUUUUUAGUUCAUUAAUUAGAUGAGUUGAAUUUUAGAUUAUUUGUUAUUGUACUUUGAAGGCAUGGAUUCUAAGUAUGCAUCGUAUGGAAAGGAAAAAGAUCAAAGAAAUAAAUUUGAUAUCAAAGCAAAAAAAAUUAAGCUAGCUGUUGAUAGUAGUUUCAAAAAUGUAAAAGAAAACAAUCAGGCUAAUGGAUCAUGUUAUAAUAACAAUGUUAGUGCUCUAAAUGAGGUUUCGGAAGAUGUCCAAGAAGUAAGGAAAUCUUUACCAGUGUAUAUUGUUCGAAAUAGAAUUUUAGAGGAAAUAAAGAAGAAUAAUACAAUAAUAUUGAUUGGAGAAACGGGUAGUGGUAAAACAACACAGAUACCACAAAUUUUACAUGAACAUAGACUUGAGGGUAAUGGAGCAAUUGCAGUUACUCAACCAAGAAGAGUUGCCGCUAUAACCCUUGCUUUAAGAGUUGCUACAGAAAUGAACACAGAAAUAGGAUCAUAUGUUGGCUACUCAGUAAGAUUUGAAGAUGUUACCAGUCCAAAAACAAAAGUAAUAUAUUUGACAGAUGGAAUGCUAUUAAGGGAAGCUAUAAUAGAUCCCUUAUUGAUGAAAUAUUCAAUAAUUAUUUUAGAUGAAGCCCAUGAAAGAACAGUCAAUACAGACGUGCUCUUUGGAAUUGUUAAGUUGGCACAAAAAGAGAGAAAUUGUACAGGAAACAAACUCAAGGUUAUUAUCAUGUCAGCAACAAUGGAUGUCGAUACAUUCAGAAAUUAUUACGACAAUUGUUCAGUUGUUUAUUUAGAGGGAAGGACAUAUCCAGUUACAGUAUAUCACUCAAAGACAAAACAAGAUGACUAUCAAUAUUCUGUUGUGUGUGGUAUAUUCCAACUUCAUGUUACUACACCAGCUAAUCACCAUUUUCUGGUAUUCCUCACAGGCCAAGAAGAAAUAGAAACAGUAAUGGCUAAUAUAAAACAAAUUGCAAAGGAAUCGCCAGGUCCACCAAUUAGAGUUUGCCCGUUGUAUGCAGGUCUGCCCCCGGCAAAACAAUUGCUGGUUUGGAAAUCAGUUCCGGAAGGUACAAGGAAAAUUGUUCUAGCCACCAACAUAGCAGAGGCCUCAGUGACUAUUCCUCAUAUAAAAUGUGUUAUUGAUACGGGCCUUGUAAAAGAGCGGAGCUGGUGUAAUGUGACGGGAGCAGAGCGUUUGCGAAUAGUUCCCUGCUCGCAAGCCGCUUGUUGGCAGCGGGCUGGGCGGGCAGGAAGGACUGCCCCAGGCUCCGCAUACAGAUUGUAUACAAAUGGCGAUUUUAAGGCACGGCCACAGCAUAACACGCCCGAAAUUAUUAGAUGCCCUCUGGCAGCUACAUUGUUAAUGUUAAUAGCGACAGGAAUGGAGCCCAGUACAUUUCCUUUGAUUGACGCACCCUCUCCGGAUUCCGUGCAGGCUUCAUUAAUUUUAUUGAAAGAAUUAGGAGCAAUAGAAAGCGAGAAUAAUCCGAAGUUGACUGUUCUCGGUAAGAAAAUGACCGCGUUCCCAAUAGAUCCGAAAUAUUCAAAAGUUAUUUUGAGCGCUCCCGAACAUGGGUGUUUGGAUGAGGCGUUGAGUCUUGUAGCCGUAAUGUCCAGUGAAAAUGUUUUUCAUACGCCACUGCACAAGCGGGAGGAAGCUGUGAAAGCGAAACAGAAGUUUGUAUCGACACUCGGCGAUCAUAUAACACUUUUGAAUGUAUUCAAAAUGUUUUGCAAAGCUCCUCUUAAAAAGCAAUGGUGUAAAGAAAAUUACUUAAAUCAUAAGAAUUUGGCGUACGCUUGUGAUAUUCGCCAGCAAUUGUUAGCAAUUUGUCAAAAGUUGAAUAUGGAAGUUUCGAGUUGCGGAACAACUUUUGAUCAGUUAUUGAAAUGCCUUCUAAGCGGUUUAUUCACAAACUGCGCAUGGACUCGUGGGGGUAUGACAACAGGGGCGGGAAAGUAUGCGACGGCGUCAGGCGCAGCGGCGGCCUUACACCCCGCUUCUUCACUACACGGGCUAAGGCCGCCGCCGCCUGCAGUACUAUAUACCGAACUAUUACACACGCGUAGAGCCUACCUCCUUACUGUAUCGGCUAUAGAACCUCAUUGGUUGCAUCAAGUCGCACCGGAGUACGCGAGACGCGUUCGCGCUAAUCGGUGACAGUUGUCGUUGAGAUUCAUGAGCGCGGGAAUAAAUUCUGACAAAUACAACGCUAAAAGAUGUUUGCAGAAGUUAUUGCCGAUCCUUUUAAUUCUUUAAAUUACUGACUAAGGAACAUUAUUUGACGUGUUUAAAUUGUGUUUUAAGUUUUUUUUUAUAAAUAUCUAAAUUGUUACGUGUUUUUAUAAUAAACGUCAGCAAGACGUUCAUUAAUUUAUCACUUGUCACUUGACAUUAAAUUUUUUGACGUAAACAUUGUUUUGGGUCUUGUAACUCUAAUAUAUAGAAACAAGUAUUUAUAAUAUAUACAUAAUAAUAAUAUCAGUUACCUUAAAGUUAUUGAUGAAGUUUAUAUAUUACUAGCUGCCCCCGCGAACUUAAUGUGGUUUUAGUUAGCCUUAAUACCGUGACACGAAAGAAUAAUUUCACUGUAUUAUCGUCACUAUAAUU